GCUCGGAGUCCCGGUGCAAGCAGAGCGGCGCGGAGCUCAGACCACAAGCACCUGAGCUCCCGUUCCAACCGAGAGACACGGAUACACUUCACAGCGUUAUAGAGGUCAUAAGACGCUUCAUAACGGGCUGCACGCGAAAGGAACAUUCAUUUGUGCACUUGUCUUUCAUCAGCUUGGAUACUUGUUGGGGUUUUGUUGUUGUUUUUGGUUUUUUGACUUCACGGGGUUGAGCACUUGGGACUGCUGCGAUGCCGUUAUUAACGGAACUCUAGUCAGCUUGCGGUUGACAUUUCUCGGAUAGCGCGCGAGCCUUUUAAGGAGCUCUGCUUUCACUUUGCGUGCAAUGCCAAGCGCUCGAGACCCGACGCUCAUUUGGAAUUAAACGCAGCAACAACAUUAUUAAUAAAAAUAACAAUAAUAAAAACUUUUUUUUUUUUUUUUUUUCCGCUAACGGCGAACAAGCGCGUGCCCCGGGGCGGGGGUGGCAGCCGGUUCUUGCCUGUAGCGCGCGCGCGCUCUCCUAAAUGCCCACCCGCUCGCGGGACUCGCAGGGCUCUCGAGGCUGGACGGAGAGAUGAGCUCGUGGGUCGUGCUGCUCGUCGCGCUCGUGGCGUGUCUGCGACUUGGCGGCGCGCAGGACCCUGUCCCUUUGUCUCUGGUGAAUAUGGUGAUGAACUCUCCCAUCUCAUCCAUGAAGGACCUACAGGAGCUGCUGGACGUUCACUCCGUAGAAGAAGAAGAGGACGAGGAUCAUUCAAAUGGAACGCAUAAACGCCUUCCCAGAAGUCUCGGCGAUGUGCAGAUUGCUCAGCCGGCUGUGUGUAAGGUGCGAACCGAGGUGAUGGAGGUUACGCGAUCCAUGUUGGACCGAAGCAAUGCUAACUUCCUGCUCUGGCCACUUUGUGUGGAGGUGCAGCGCUGCUCGGGCUGCUGCAACACACGGACGCUGCAGUGUGUGCCCGUUACUACGGAGACUCGCCAUCUACAGAUGACUAAGAUCCAGUUCAUCAACAGACAGCCCGUCUACGAGAAGGUCAUCUUACCUGUGGAGGACCAUCUCAGCUGUAGCUGUAAAUCACGCGCUGUCAGUCAAACCACUUCGACGAAGACCACAACGUCCCCGCCUCCUCCCCCCAAACUCAUCACCAAACCCCCCAUCUCCAGGAGCCAAUCAAAAGAGGAGCUGCAUCGCCACGACGACCUAAAACACAACCAGAGGUUCCAGCUGGAGGAUCGAGAGACUCAGUGGCAAUCGAAAUACACAUUGUCACACACGCAGAGAGUGCCCGUACACACACCCGCACACACACCCGCACACACACAGGGCUACGGAUCCGGUCCGUUCCAACACACGCUCACACACGCGCAGGGCUCAAGUACAGAAGACGCCUCGACGAGGCACGCGAGCUUUGGCGUAACACGUAUGCUGAGCGACACGACGCAACAUGUCACACCAAUACAAGAGCACCACACACGCCAUUCAGACCCGGAGAAGGUUCGGGAACACCACACACACCCUGGCAGUGGCGACGACAACAUAAAAUCCACGGCGAGCGGAGAACACCCAGAACAUCAUCGGCAUCACCAUGACAACCACGAAGCAGCGACAAAACACCAACACGAGCCGAGCAAAUCACACACCGCUGAGCAUCACCGCAGCCAAUCAGACAUGGCGCUUCAGCACAGCGGCCAACUGGAAGCCCCUGUUGUCAGCUUCAGCCACGUAGAGGUCAUUGGCCAGUCAAGCGGCCAAAGCGAGCUGUCCAGCCAAUCAUCAACGCCCAGUUUUCACCAAUCAGAAGCGAAGGACCAGCACCAAAGCCAAUCAGAGACAGACAAGCUAUCAGAGUCGGGGCAGGAAAAAACAGAGCAUCAUCAUCAUCACCAUCAUCAUCCUCAUCAUCAUCCAACACAAGCUGCCACACAAAGAGCAGUGACAAACGCUCCCGCUGGCACAUCUCCUGCGCCUCACACACCCCCUCCAGCCGUCCCUCAGCGGAAACGAAGGAGAAAGCAAAAGAGGAGAAUGAGCAAGUCUGCCAUGAGGGCCAUGAUCAUGGUCAUGUCCUAAACGAACCGGCACUUUGCCAUCACGGACCAGAAGAAACCCGGAGAGAUGCCGGAUACCGCACAGACACAUACACUGACACACUGGAAAUAUCGCUCACAAUAACUGGAAAUGGCUUUGAUCUCUGAAACAUAAACUCAGAAUGACUACAUUUCCCAGCAGCCAGCACGGCAAAGAAGCUCCGACGCUCGGCAUUAUGGGAUGUCCUUAGUGUUCACUGCACAUGAAAGAAACACUGCUGACACAGCCUGCCAAAUGAUGAGACUGCAUGGAAACCAAUGCAGGGAGAGUUUGCCAAAUAAUGAGAUUGCAUCUAAUACAAAGCAGAAAGCCUGCCAGAAAAUGAGACUGCAUCUCAAACUAUGAGGAGUCAGCCUGCCAGAUAAUGAGACUGCAUCUAAUACAAAGCAGACACAACCUGCCAAAUAACGAGACUGCAUGGAAAUCAAUGCACGGAUGAUUUGCCAAAUAAUGAGAUCGCAUCUAAUACAAAGAGAAAUACUGCCUGCCAAAAAAUGAGACUGCAUCCCUAACUAUGAGGAGUCAGCUUGCCGAAAAAUGAGACUGCAUCAAAAUCAGUGCAGACACAACCUGCCAAAUAAUGAGAUUAUGCCUAAAAUAAUGUAACACAGGCUGCCAAAUAGUGAGAUGUAAUUGUAAGAUAAAUACAUAAAGAGUAUGACAGAUACUUAACCCAUACUUGCAAAAUAGUGAGCAAUAGCUAACGGUGUGUCAUGUUGUCGUGUCUCUCGGAAUACUUUGUGGAAAAAAGGGAAAAAAGUCCUAUGUGGACUAUAAACUGCCAAAACAAACAAGUCCCGGUUACCCUGGACUGCAACAGAGCAGAUUAAAUCUUACAUCUGUGGCUAAUCAAGAUAACUGGAUGCUACUGAACGGACACGAGGACUUGAGCCACAACUGUACUGGGAGUGUUAAAUAUUACACAAAUUAAUUUAAAACCUAAUGCCAACCUCACAUUCGUCACGUACUGCUUGCUUGUAAAGUGUUCUUGUGUUGAAUAGCGUCAAAUCUCAACGUGUGAUAGACGUUUAACUGAGAUGUCACGCACUGGAAUUCUGCUUCUCAAGAAACAAAGCAGGAAAACAUGCUUAGCUGUAUUAUUAGCAGCCUUGCUAAUGCCAGUCAUAGCACAACUGGAAUAUACUGCAUGUUUUAGCUUGAGUGCAUUCGCCAAAAACAAGCCCAAAUUUAAAAAAAAAACAAAAAAAAAAACCUGGUUUAUCAUCAACCUGUGAGGGGGGUGAUAUAAAGAAUGUCAAAAACUGUGCUUAGUCACGCUAAAACUACUGAUGCUACAGAUGCUAGCAGGAACUUGUGUAUUAAAACUACUGUUUGCUAAGUAAUGCAUAUGGCUAUAUUGUAAAUGUUACAAAUUUUUAUUUUUCUGCUGUUUUUUUCUUAACUUAUUUAUGAAAAUGGUAGAUGUUUCCAUCUGCUUCUAACAGUAAUAAAAUGUUAUUAUUGAGAAUUAUUGUAAUAAUGUAAUGCUAUUUUAAUAUAAAUAUAAAUAUGUGAGAAUCAUGUUGCUGUUUCU